AAAGAGUUCCCAUACAAUGUAGAAACAAUGAUCCUCGGGAAGGUCCAGGACUUGCCUAAGGGUUUGGAAAGGGAAAACAGAAUCAUUCAGACGAUCAUGCGACAGCUAGUAUUUGCUUUGGAUGGUCUUCAUUCAACAGGGAUUGUGCACAGGGAUAUUAAGCCACAGAAUAUUAUUUUCUCUGAAGGGUCUAGUACAUUUAAGAUUAUUGAUCUUGGAGCUACUGCAGAUUUGAGAGUUGGAAUUAACUAUAUUCCAAAGGAAUUCCUUUUGGAUCCCAGGUAUAGCUUUUUAUCUAUUAGCAACACAAGGUACUGAAUUCAUUUUUUUUUUCUUCUCUAGAAAAAGGCCCAACAGACAGGUCCAUCUAAUAACAAUGAUUAUCCACCACAUGCAUAUUUUGGCCACAGAAUUGCUUAAAAUCCAUGUCCACAAGACCUUAGCCUUUGAGCUGCAAAAAUAAACUACACUCAUGUAGUUUGUUCACUGUUGGAUCUUCUCCAUAACACAAGCAAUUAUGAUUAGCUGCCCUCUUUAGUUCUCUAAGUAUGGGAUGCAGAUCAUUUGUACAAAUUAGUGGUUCUGUUAACUGCUUCCUUUAAUUAUUGCUCGGAUAUAAUAGAUCUCUAUGGUUCUGCUCACAAAUGUUUGGAUGGUAGAGAAUAUAGGUUCACAUAUGCA